AUGGCUCGGUUGGACAAGCGCGUCGCCGCGUUCGGCCCUCCUCGCGAGGCGCCGCCGCCGCAGCCCCCGCCUCGGAUGCCGCCGGGGAAGCUCAAGGUCAAGCUCGUGCGCGGCGGCGGGCCGUCGUCCGCGUCGCCGUCGCCGUCCGCGAGCGGCGCGCGAGCGGGGAACCAACCGACGGCGACGCACUCUAAGAAGCCGACGCCGCCGCCGACGCGAGGGACGAGCGCGGAGCCGGAGGUGGAGCGCGCGUCGCCGCCGGAACCGGAACGACGCGACGGCGGCGGCGACGCGUCGACGUCGUCGUCGUCGUCGUUCGAGCGCAUUCUUCGCGCGUUCCACGACGCGCGCGGCGUGAAGUUCCGCGUCCCAAUCUUCGCGCAUCGCGCGUUAGACCUUCGGAAGGUGUACGUGGAGGUGCGCGCGCGGGGCGGGCACGACGAGGUGUGCAAACACAAGCGGUGGUUGGAGGUGUCGCGGACGCUCGGGGUGAAUCUGACGGGUCUCACGAGCGCGGGGUUCCAGAUGAGGAAGAACUACGAGGCGUGUUUGCUCGCGUACGAGAGGAAGGAGACGCGCGGCGGGGAUGACGGCGACGACGACGACGACGACGACGACGACGACGGCGGCGACGAGGAGGAGAAUUCCGACGGGGAGUAUUCCGACUCGGACGACGCGCGCGAGGCGCGGAAAGUGCGCCUCCUCAGAGAGCGCGUCCGCUUAGAAGAGCUCCAACUCAAGCUGAGAGUCCUCUCCGCGAAGGAGGCGUCGAGGAAGAAAGUCGUCGCGGAGACGGCGGGCGGAGGGAGAAGCCGCGGGCGCGCGCGCGGCGCGGCGUGGACCGGCGUCUGGGUCGCGUACGGCGCCGAGCGUCCGGCGGGCGCCGCCGACGCGAUUUUCGCGCGGGAGAUUCCGCGGGCGCGCGACGGCGAUCGUCCGCGGUGGGCGCAGUGCCAGGCGUGCCGCGGGUGGCGCGAUUUAGGGACGCCGCCGGGAAGAGGGCGCGCGUCGAGGGGGCGGCCGCCGCGCGCGCGGCUCGCGGCGGCGCCGGCGACGAGAGGAAAGUACAGCUGGACGACUUCCGCGGCGGCCGUCGUCACCGCGAAGGAUUUACGCGACGCCGCGCUCGACGCCGCGAGGGAAGGCGACGCCCGCGCCGCGGGCGUCGUGUUCGUCGACGACGACGGGAACGACGUCGAAGAAAACGCGCCGUGCGCGGUGGAUCACCUCGCCGCCGCCGCCGUCGCGCUCGCGACCGACGCGCCGUUGGCGUCGCUGUCAUCGUUGGACGCGAUGGCGGCGGCGGCGGCGGGGGAAUCGCUCUAUCAGAUAGAGUGCGCGAUCGUGGACGACGUGAUCGAGGAAGCGGUGGACGACGUCGUGGACGCGGCGGAGCGGGAGGAGGCGGAGGAGGCGGAGAAGGCGGCGGCGGCGGCGGAGGCGGCGGAGGCGGCGCCCGUCGCGACGAACGUCGACGCGCCGCCCGACGAGAAGAAGGAGCCGCCUCCGACGCCGCCGAUGAACCCCGUCGCGCCGCCGAGCCUCCGCCUGACGUUCGUCCUCCGGAAGCCCGACCCGGCGCCGGCGCCCGCGCCCGCGCCCGCGCCCGCGCCCGCGGCGUCGGACGACGCGUCGUCGGACGAGGGCGAGGGCGAAGGCGACGACGAAGACGACGACCGCCCCGAGUUCCCCGCCGACGUCUGCGGCUGUGUCCCCGCGGUCCCGAGCGGGUGGUCGCGUUGGGAGGCGAUCAGGAAGAAUCCGGCGAACAACGGGUCGUGGGCCGCGGACUGUUACUAUCGUACCCCCGGCGGUGACGGCGACGGCGGCGGCGGCGCGGGCAAGGCUUUCGUGUUGCGAUCGGACGAGGAGAUCUCGCAGUUUCUCAAGGCGGACGCCGCGGGCGGGUUCCUCCUGUACGCGCACCUGUCCAUGAAUGACUUCAUGUGCAAGCCCUUCACGCGGUUGCGGAUCCAAUCCCGCGGAGGGGGCGGCGCGGCGGCGGCGGCGGCGGCGGCGGCGGCGGCGACGACGACGACGGCGACGGAGGAGGACGCCGGGGAGGUGCGCGUGACGCACCACUGGAGAGAGCUGCAGCCCGGCGGCGCGGAAGCGCUCGCGCGCGCGAGGGAAGCCGCCGCGGCGAGACGAGGCGUGAAGCGGCGACGACGGCCGGACGAGCACGACGUGAGGGAGGACGAUCCAGACGUGUGGUGA